AUGGCUUGUGACCGGCAGCCUGUCCGCAUGGAAGUGCCUGGAUUUUGUGAUGAGGGGCUUCAUACGCGGAUCCCGCACAUGAGCGGCUUUGUCAGCUGCGAUGUGUUUGUGGGAUACAGAGCUGUCUAUCGGAUCAGCUUUGCCAUGGCAGUGUUUUUCUUCGUAUUCUCACUGAUCAUGAUAGAAGUGAAAACAAGUAACGAUCCAAGAGCCUCUGUGCACAACGGGUUUUGGUUCUUCAAAAUAGCUGCCAUUGUGGGUAUCAUGGUUGGAGCUUUUUACAUUCCUGAAGGACCUUUCACAAGAGCCUGGUUUGUUAUUGGUGUUUGUGGAGCCGCCUUCUUCAUUCUUAUCCAGCUAGUGCUUCUUGUGGAGUUUGCUCACUCCUGGAAUGAAAGCUGGGUUGAGAGAGUGGAGGAGGGAAAUUCCAAAUGUUGGUAUGCAGCUCUUGUGUCCUGUACAAGCUUGUUCUAUGCCUUGUCGCUGGUUUUUGUUGUGCUUUUCUAUGUUUUCUACACAAAACCUGAUGACUGCACUGAGAACAAGUUCUUCAUAAGCAUUAAUAUGAUCCUGUGCAUUGCUGUCUCCAUUGUUUCUAUCCUCCCGAAAGUUCAGGAGCAUCAGCCUCAUUCUGGCCUCCUCCAGUCCUCUGUUAUCACCCUCUACACAAUGUAUCUCACUUGGUCGGCCAUGUCCAACGAGCCUGAACGAAGCUGUAACCCAAGUUUGCUGAAUCUCAUCACACAGAUAGCUACAACCACGCUUGUUCCAGCCAACACCACCUCUGAGCCCGCCACCGCGGCGCCGCCCAAAUCCUUGCAGUGGUGGGAUGCACAGAGUGUUGUUGGAUUAGUCAUCUUUGUGCUUUGCCUUCUCUAUUCCAGCAUCCGUUCUUCAAGUAACAGCCAGGUGAACAAGCUCACGCUGUCGGGCAGCGACAGCACCAUCCUGGAGGAGAGCGCGGGCGCGGGCAGCGGCGCCGCGGAGGAGGGCAGCGUGCGCCGCGUCGUGGACAACGAGAAGGAGGGCGUGCAGUACAGCUACGCCUUCUUCCACUUCAUGCUCUUCCUCGCCUCUCUUUACAUUAUGAUGACGCUCACAAACUGGUACAGCCCUGAUGCAGAUUUUAAAACAAUGACAAGUAAGUGGCCAGCUGUGUGGGUGAAGAUAGCCUCCAGCUGGGUCUGCCUCCUUCUCUAUCUUUGGACCUUGGUGGCUCCUCUUGUUCUUACUAAUCGGGACUUCAGUUAAAUGGCUGAACCUCUCAGCACACAACAGUGGGGAACUUUUUUGCUAAAAGCCAAAAUGGUCAUGUAUUGCUUUAGUCAAGGCAAAUACUGUCUUUUCUUAUGUUCAUAUUAACAUGUAGGUGAAUAGAAAGUUAAGGAAUUGCACAAUGCUUGAUGCAGGAACAAAAUUAUUAUCAAUUAUCUUUGUUAUCCUUCAGCCAUGGUUACUGUGUUACUGCAUUUUUAA